AAACAAUUGCACAAGGUUCACUCAUUCAGUGUUUCACAGUCUGUCCACCUUAUCAAGCCCUCUCAUAUUUAAGCUGGUAUGCAAACCAUUGUGCUGUUGGUGUUGUGGGUACUGGGAACAUCACUGGUGUUGCCAGACCCCGACACAGCUGGGGAGAAAGUGGCCGAAGAGCCUAUUCCAUGUUCUAAGGGAUGCACCUGUCUACAUGAUGACUACAGCUUGGAGCUCAACAUGUACUGCAGUGCUCGGAACCUCACACUACUCCCGUCUGACAUGCCCCCCUCCACUCAUUCCCUCUGGCUGGACAGCAACCUGUUCACCUCCCUCCCAGCAGCGUCUUUUAAGGAUCUUUCAAACCUGGACUUUUUAAAUCUGCAGAGUGGCGAGCUGGUGACGAUUGACCCCCAGGCCUUGAAAGGACUUAGGUCACUAGCACAUAUUCACCUCGAGCGAAAUAACCUUCGGGUGUUACCAGGUACAGUCUUCCAGAAUACACCAAACCUUGCUUCACUUAGUCUGCAUAACAACCAACUAACACGUAUUGAGGAAAGACUGUUUGCAGGACUCUCGCACAUGUGGCUUCUCAACCUAGGGUGGAACUCAUUAGCGGUUCUACCUGAGACAGCUUUCCAUGAGUUGCAGGGUCUAAGGGAGCUUGUUCUUUCAGGCAACAGACUUGCUUACUUGCAGCCUCAGCUUUUCCAAAAUCUUGCGGAGCUUAAAGAGUUGGAUCUGACUGGGAAUCACCUCAAAGUCAUCAAAGCUAAUGUGUUUGUUAAACUCACUAAACUGCAAAAGCUUUACCUGGCCCAGAAUCAGAUUGUUACAGUUGUACCCAGAGCUUUUGUAGGCAUGAAGUCAUUAAGAUGGUUGGAUCUCACAAACAACAGACUGACUUCUCUUCAUGACGACACUUUCGUGACCCUGCACAGUCUUCAUGUCCUGCGUCUUUCCAACAACUCUAUCACUGCAAUUAGGCCCAGGACUUUCCGUGAUCUGCAGUACUUAGAAGAACUGCGGCUUAGCUACAACAAGAUCCGAGCCCUGGGGGAGAGGAUCUUUGAGGGGCUUGGUCAUCUGGAGGUCCUAGAGCUAGAGCACAACCAAGUGCAGGAGGCACAAGUGGGUAGUUUCACUGGGCUCUCUCAUGUGGCUGUCAUCAACCUCUCUGGAAGCUGCUUUCACAGCCUGCCAGACCAAAUGUUCAAAGGUCUGUCGAAGCUUCACAGCCUUCAUCUGGACAGAGGCUGCCUAACAAGGGUCACUACUCAAGCUUUCGCUGGACUCUCUGGUUUACGGCGGCUUUUCUUGCAGCACAACAACAUCUCUGUGGUGGAACGUCAGAGCUUUGUGGACCUGGUGGGCCUACUGGGACUGGAUUUGAGUUUCAACAGGCUGGAGGUUCUCACAACCCAUACAUUCUCCGGUCUAAAGAAUUUGGAGUACUUGCUGUUGUCAAGCAAUGAAUGUCGACAGUUUUUGCAGAAUGGCACAAAGCUGCUGCUCCCAAGGCUGCGCUAUCUGGACCUGAGAGCUAAUGCCUUGACAAGCAUGGUCCCUGAUUUUCCAGAGAGUAUGGAAAAACUUUUGCUGUCAGGGAACCGGUGGAAAUGUGAUUGCAGUGCCCUCCCGCUCAGAAACUACAGCUUGAGAAAUCCAUUGGUGAUACCUCGGCAAGUGGAGACCCAUGCAGAGGGUGAAGAGCCUGACACAACCAUCACCAUAUACAACAACAUUACAUGCACCAAUCCACCACGCCUAGCUGGUCAGGACCUGCGGGAUAUUGACAGUGAACUCUUCCAAAGCUGCUAAACAAAUAAUCGCAGACUUGUUUAGGAUAACACUGUUGGAAUUAUCUGUAAUAUUUUUAAAACUAUACAUUCAUUCAGUUUCUGAUUUCAAGAACCUAAUUGUAUUGUAUUGUAUUGUAAUGCAUGAUUCAGGGUUUUAUAUCACAUUUACAGAUAAUGGGUGGUAAUCUGUAGUCUUUAGAUAAACUGGUUCAAAAAUAUUUAAGGAAAUGCUAUGAAUUUCUUUAAAUUAAAAGCCGAACCAACAAUGUAUAAUGCUUCAACUUUAUUGUGCUAUAUAUUAAAUAAAAAGUAUAAAGUGAAUGUCUAAUUUUAGAUUUGGUAAACUAUCACCUUUCUGCAGAAAAGGGAGAAAAUGUAUGUAAUUUUCCUCAAACACUUCAAAUGCUUUGAUAAUAAAAUAGAAAGCUUUAAAUGUGA